CGUGUGGGAACCAGGAGUAGCCAGGGACCCAGAAAGACUUGCAGAAGCUUGAAAGCUCAGGCUUGCACAGCCCUGCUCACCUUCUCCCAGAUGUCCAGCAAGGCGGCCACUGGCAGUGACAUCGGACAGGCCCGCCGGGCAGUGGAGCAAUUGCGGAUGGAGGCAGGCAUCAACCGCAUAAAGGUAAGGGUUGGGGCAGGCUUGGAGUGGGCACAGCUGGGCAAGGGAGCAGGCGGCACCCAGAUGUGGCUGACUUGGUUGGUCUGCAGGUGUCCAACAGCCACAGAUCUGCUGCAGUUCUGCACGGAGCAGGCCAAGAGUGAUCCCUUCCUUGUGGGCAUCCCAGCUGCCACCAACCCUUUCAAGGAAAAGAAGCCCUGUGCUAUCCUAUGACCCCACCAUAAUGCUACUACCCAUGACCCUGAGUACCAGGGCCUCAAU